UGAGCGGUUGCGUAUUACUCGAUUCUGUGCUAAUUACUAAUCUGAGGGCGUAAACACUUGGUUCGAAAGUUCAAAAUUAAUACAAAUAAUAAUGGAGUGCUGUAUGUGCAAUGCCUUAUUUAAUGAUGGUGUCCUCUGUGGCACCUGCAAAAGAUACUUCGACUAUGGGUGUGCUCAAAUUACUGAAACUGGUUGGCGCAAACUAGGAGCAGACCGGAGAGCAGCAUGGAAAUGUGGGUCCUGCAAAACUGCUACCGUCAGCACCUCGCUACCGGAAUCUGUUUCACUCGAGUCCAUUAUGAGAGAGAUUCGCUCCAUGAAAAAUCAACUCACGGGCUUACCUAACCUUGUCGAAAGUUUUAAUGACAUAAAAACUGAGCUAUCACAUAUAAAAGCAAGCUGCGAAUUCUUAGGAGGCAAAUUGGAAGACUUUUCAAUCAAAAUUAAUAACUUUGAGGACCGUCUGUUUAACUUGGAGAAAUUGGAUGGAGCUGUGCGUGCUCUUGAGGAGGAGAUAUCUACCUUAAAAACGCAGGCGCAGGACAGCGACAACAGAUCCAGGCUUAACAAUAUUGAGAUAAAGGGCGUGCCGGUCAAAAAAGAUGAAAAUCUUUUCUCUAUAUUGGAUUCGAUCAGCAAGUCAAUAAACUGUAACAUUGACAGAAAUCAAAUAAAUUAUAUUUACAGAAUUCAGAGUAGUCAGUCCAAAGAAAAAUCUAUAAUUGUUAGCUUUUUGAAUAGAUACAUUAAAGAAGACUUUGUAGCUGCUGGGCGUGCAACGACCAACCUAUGUGCGUCAAACAUUGGUUUUAAGGACUUUUCCCAUAGAAUCUACAUUAACGACCAUCUCAGCUCAAAAACCAAAUUGCUUUUAAAUAGUGUCAAAUCGUUAGCAAAAGAAAAAGGCUAUCAAUACACCUGGAUCAAAUACGGGAAAAUCCACGUGCGUAAAAAUAAUACCUCUCGCGUAUUGAUAAUUUCCAGAAAAAGCGAUUUAAACAAAAUUUCUUAAUGUGUGGCUAUUAUUGUUCAUUACUUCCUAGCUUACUUGAUUUGUAUAAAUUAUUACUGUUAAAAAAAUACACGAUCACCGGAUUGCAAAAAAGGUUUAACACACCUAACACUGACGUAGUUGCUAACGCAUUUCAACUAUAUUUCUUUUUGUUGAGGGUAAGUCAAAAUUAUUUACAAUACGCUAAUUUAUUGCUUAUCGCACUAAAAUUAAUGGUUACAUUCGCCUGCUUUGCCGAAGUUAGUGUUGACCUUGAUACAAACUGUGUAACGUUCGUUUUAAUAAUUAUCAUUCUUACAAUUAUUUUAUCCUGCAAAUAUACGUACGCACGGUUAAAUCUUCUAAUGGUUUUAUUCGAUUAUAAAAUGCCUUUUAAACGUUUAUUGAAUGUAUCAAAACUAAAUGGCUAACGAAAAUAUAAAAUUAUCAAUUUACUAUCAAAACGUAAGAGGAUUAAGGACAAAGUCCUUAUUAUUUUUUCGUAAUUUAUGUUUAACCUCAUAUGAUAUUAUACUAUUAACGGAAACAUGGC